AUGGAACCGUCACCACGCGCGCGGAGGUACUCGCGCGGACCGGGGGGCGAGGACGACAGGCGCGCUCCGCCGGGACCUGCGGGUGCGCCGCUCCAAGACGAGUACGACCGCUUGCCGCCCCGCCCGAGGAGGGACGAGUACGAUCAGGAUCGCAGAGGUGGGAGGCACCCGUAUGGCGACCCGGACGACAGGAGGGGUGGUGGGUAUGCGGAUGGUCCGGAACAGGAGGGCCGCGUCAAGCGCCGCCGGUCCAUCUCGCCGGGAGGUCCUCCUCGAGGUCCGCCGCGCGACGACUACUACGACCGCCCGCCCCCGCCUCGAGACUACCGUGACGGUCCCCCUCCCCCUCGCGGCGGAUACCGCGGGGACUACUACGACCGCCGUCCGCCUCCUCCUCCCGGCCCUGAGGGGUAUGGGGCGUACCCUGGCUACCCGGCGUAUGCGGACGCUUACUCUGCGCCUCCUCCUCCCCCUCGUCGCCCUACGAUGGAACCGCCCAUGAACCAGCCCUACCUCGUCGACUACCGAUACUUUGCCGACUGGUUCAGCCUGACCAACCCCUCGGCCGCCGAAAGUUCCAACCCGUCUGCAGCGCUCCAAGAAGCGUGGACCAAGUACGAAGGCGACUUUUUGCGGCGCGAGAUCAAGAACCAUUGGUUGGAUAUUGAGAGUAAGGGAGGCGAGUGGGCGAAGGAGAAGUAUGGAACGGGCAGGGAGAGGGAGGGAGAGAGGAGGGAGAGGAGGAGGAAGGCGGGAAAGGCGGAGAGGAUGAGGAUCUGGACGGCGAGGGCCGACAACGGAGAGCUUGACGAUGUCAGCUUCGACUUUGACGAAGAAGCCGCUCGCAAGCCUCGCAUCAUCCCCAACGCCGCCGCACAAGCCGCCGCCGCCGAAGCAGCCAAGAAGCAAGCUUCUCCCGAAGGGGAAGACUCGAGCGCGCCCGUCGUCCCUGCGCCAAUUCAGGUCAUCAAGGCUUCGUCGCCCGAGCACGUCAUCUUGCCUGCGAGGCCCGAGACGAUCUUGUGCAAGGGCGUGCCGACGAGCGUGACGAUCAAAGCGCUCGAAGAGCUCUUCGCCACCUUCGACGGCUUCGUCCGGCUGUCCAUCUCCGACCCCGUCCCCUUCGCAGGCUUCCUCCGCCUCGCCUGGAUCACCUUCUCCAGCGCCGAUGCCGCCAAGCAGACGCUCGAGAUGAUCCAAGCGGCCUUCAAGCCUGCGCCGACGCCCGAAACGAGGGCCAAGUCUGAGUCGGCGCCGGUCGAAGCUGCUGGUGAGGCGACGACCAAGACGGACGCGAACGGCGACGCCGAGAUCAAGGAUGCCGCGCCUACGAACGGAGUCGAGUCUGCUCCUACCGCCGAAGGAGCAACCCGGGGCAAGGCGGAGAACGGUGCGGAUGCGCCCGAAGCGAACGACAACAAGCCGGCCGAGGAGCCCAAGCCUUACGCGAUCGGCUCAUACGACCUCUCCGCCCCAGGCGUCCUCUCCAUCCGCAUGCAGCCCGUUGAGAUCCGCAUGCGCGCGACUCCCGCGCUGUGCUCGUCGCCCGACCGACUGGCCAAGGACGUCGAGACGGCUCUCAAGGCUGUCGAGGCGGCCGAGAAGCGGGUUCGUGAGGACGAGGGCGCGAUGGAAGAGGAUUCGGGCGCACAGGCGAGCGGAAGUGCGGUCAUUCGGAGGAAGAUGGAGGAGUGGGAGAAGGAGGUCGAGGAGAAGAAGGAGAAGGAGUCGCUUGAGCAGCCCGCGUACGAGGCUGCUCGUGCCGGAGUCAACAAGCGCGUGCUCGACCUUGCGCUGUCGUACCUCCGCGAAGCGUUCGACAUCUGCUUCUACUGCACCGCCGUUUGCGACUCUCCCGAGCAGCUGAGCGACAUGUGCCCUCAGCAUGUCCGCCGGCACGAUACGGUCGUCGCGCCGUCGAGGCUUGCAGCCGAGGCCGGCUGGGUUGCCGAGUUUGAAAAGCGCGUCCCGCUGCUCACCGAUACCUCGGCGCUCGACCUGCGAGACUUUGGCGGCGACUCGCGCGAGGAGGAGCUCUACCGCCUCACGAGCCCGCUCGUCAAGCAGGAAGAGGAGGGCAAGUUCCGCUGCAAGACGUGCAACAAGCUCUUCUCGGCCCGCAAGUUCGUCGAGAAGCACAUCGGCCUCAAGCACCCGGAAGUUGUUGGCGACGCGCUGGACAAGCUCGCCAUUUACAACAACUACGUGCUUGACCCGUGCAGGCCACCUCUUGCUAGUUUCCAGAACCAAACCUACAUGCCGACCAUCCUCAACCCGCCUCCGCCUCCUCCUCCUCCCGCCGCCCGCCGUCCGCUCGCCGACCGCCUGGGUCCCGCCCAGAAACGCCAGCGCCGCGAGUCGAAACCUCCUGGCCCGCCUGCUCCGCCGCCCAAGGGCGCUGCGCUCGACCCGAGGGCGCAGAGGGGCGCGACGGCUUACGCAGACUUGGACGGCCCGGCUGGACAGGGUUCGGACAUUGUCCUCCCUUACUGA